AUGGCGGCACGAGUCAUCCUAGUGCUGGGAAGUAAAGAGAAGGAUCCCUGGGGCUUGCUGGCCAACCAGCCUAGGACAAUUAAUGCACUCAAGGCCAGUGAGAAACCUGUCUCAAAAACGAAGGGACAGAACCACCAACCUCUGCGGAGAUCCAAGAGAAGAUGGGUUCUCACCACUCUGGAGCUGGAGGAGGAAGAUUCAGGGCCCUUUCCCAAACUGGUUGGGGAGCUGUUCAAUAAUAUGUCCAAUAAUGUGUCCCUGAUGUACUUACUCAGAGGGCCUGGCGUGGAUGAAUUUCCAGAGAUCGGCUUAUUCUCUAUAGAAGAUAACCAGAGUGGAAAAAUAUACGUGCACCGGGCCGUGGACCGAGAAGUGACACCAUCUUUUCUGGUUUACUUUGAUGCUGUGGAUCGAUCCACAGGGAAAGUGGUGGACGAAUCCCUGAUUUUCAACAUUAGAGUCAGAGACGUGAAUGAUCACGCACCCCAGUUUCCCGAGAAGGAAUUUAACAUCAGUGUGAAAGAGAGCCAUGCUGCAGGUCAACCUAUUUUUCAGUUGUUAACGGUCGAUUUGGAUCAAGAAAACACUCCAAAUUCUCAAGUCCUUUAUUUCCUCGUUUCUCAAACACCAUUACUGAGAGAAAGUGGCUUUCGGAUUGAUCUCAUCAGUGGGGAAGUACGACUCUCGGGAUGCUUAAAAUAUGAGUCUGCUCCUUGGUUCACUCUGAUAGUCAGAGCGACGGAUUGUGGAGAGCCAUCCCUGUCAUCCACAGCCACCAUUCACAUCAGUGUGGAAGAAGGCAACAACCACAUGCCCACAUUUGUGGGAGACCAUUAUGAGAUUCAGAUUUCUGAAGGUGAAGUCGCAUGGGGCACGUUGUGUCUCCCUGUUCAAGACGGAGACGCACCGUUUACACCAGCUUGGAGAGCAGAGUUCCACAUAGUGGAUGGCAAUGAGCAGGGGCAUUUUGACAUCAUGACUGACCCUGAGACCAACCGAGCAGUAUUAAAUGUUAUCAAGCCUUUGGAUUAUGAAACUCAAGCAGCCCACAGUCUCGUCAUUGUUGUGGAGAAUCAGGAGCCUCUCUUCUCUUGUGAGGAGGGCCAGGCACAGCCGUCGACAAAGGCCAUGGCCAGCACCACUGUGAGCGUGCAGGUGGUGGACACCAAUGAUCCACCAGCCUUUCACCCCAGGAGCUUCAUCGUCAGCAAGGAGGAUGGAGCCGGGCCGGGCGUCCAGCUGGGAGGUUUCAAUGCUACAGACCCUGACAGGGUCACCAGCCAGAUAAGGUACAAACUGGUUCACGAUCCAGCAGAUUGGGUGACCGUGGAUGAAGAAACAGGAGCGGUCACCACCAAGCAGCAGAUUGACCGGGAGUCCCCUCAUGUGAACGGCAGCUUUUACACAAUCCUCGUCCAUGCGGUUGACAGUGGCCUCCCACCACUGACUGGCACAGGGACCCUGAUGCUUUUCCUGUCUGACAUCAAUGACAACGCUCCGACUCUCCAGUCUCAUUCUCGACACUUGGAGAUCUGCGAGUCUGCUGGGAACCAGUCCCUGCUCUUAGAGGCCGAGGAUGCAGACCUGGACCCCUACUCUGACCCCUUUACUUUUGAUUUGGACUCUGCCCAGAGAGAUGUAGCUGGUACUUGGAUGCUGAGGAUGAAGCAGGGCCGCUCUGCUGAGCUCGUGAUGCUGAGAAGCCUCCCGCCCGGGGAUUACUUGGUGCCACUAUUCAUAGGAGACAGACAGGGCCUCACGCAGAGGCAGACGGUCCACGUGAGGGUCUGCUCCUGUCCUGGUGGAUCCAAGUGCAAGACUCUCUCCGACACGAGGUUUCUGUUGUGGGCCCUGUCCCCUGUCUGUGCAGCGCUCCUGGCUCUGGCAGCCGCUCCGCUUUCUCUGCUGUGGUGCCGCUCUGCGUUUGGACACAGAAGGCUCGGAAGCGUCAUCCCAAGUGACAAUGGCCACCAGACGCUGAUUGUGUACAACGAGGAGAGCAAAGCCCUCUCAGCCCAGAUGCAGCCAACUGGGGGUGAUCAGAUGCCUGCUCUAUCCUUCAGUGCAGCUGCGGCCCAUGCCAAGCCAGAUGUGAAGGGUGAUGGCAUGCUCUUUGAGCCAAGAGGCAUGAGAAACCGAUCUUCCACCCCGGUCUAUCUGGAUCCUUUGGUGCCCAGAUGCCCCCUGCCACUGAUGGAAGGAAGGGUGAUAGAGACCUGGAAUCAGAAACUCCACGCUAUUGAUGUUCUGAAUGGUGACACUGGCUACCCACCCCAUGUCUACAGAGAGGAGGGAGAGUGUGAAGGAGCUGAGACCCUCAGCUCUCUGACCUUCUUGGAGCAGGACCUCCCUCCUGAGCUGCUGGACUACUUGAGUUUAAAAUCUACUCCAUCUGAAGCCAUGUCACAUCAACACAUGGCUUAGGAAGAGUUCCUUCCUAAAAGCAUGUGGUGGGCAUGACUUGGGAGGAUGGUUACUCCUCAUGGACUGCUCCUUUUGUUCUUUAUUCUUAAUGGCUUCCUAGUUCACAGUGUCUAGUGUUGCCAACUUGACCAUCACUUGGAAGCCAUCUGGGGGAUAUACCUCUGGCAUGCCAGUGGGGGAUGAUCUUGUUUUCACUGAGAUUGGAAGAGGCAUCCACUGUGGGUGGCAGCAUUCCUUGGCUGGGAUGUGGAGGAAGCUGAGUGUCAGCAUGCAUCACUCUGUGCUUUCUUACUGUGAAUAGUCUUGUGACUGUCGCCUUGACUUCCUGCCAUGAUGGACUGUACCCUUGCACGGUGAGCCAGAAUAAACCCUUCUCCUUUAA